UCCGUAGCAUCCACCCAGUCAUUGUUUUGAGCAUGCGCAAUACAUCCUUGUCAGCUCAACUACACUUGUCUCCACGCGUGUGAAACAUUCACACUUUGGGAAAAGUCUGUUUUGAAGACAGAAAUUGGAGUUAUAAAACGUAUAUUUCAGCACUAUGGGAGGACAGGCAAAGGGCAAAAAGAAAAGCAAGCCGAAGAAGAAAGACAACCGCCCAAACAGAGAAUCGGGUAUUGUUGGAUUGACACCCCAGCAAAGAAUGAAAGUAAGAAUGCACGAGAAAGCCAAGAAGAAGACAGCUGAGAAGUACUCUGUGCAACAACUUCUAGAAAAGACAGAGGAAUGCAUGGACACAUUUGACUUUGAGAUGGCUGGUCUUUUCUGCCAGCGAGCUCUGGAUGUGGAGUCUGACAACCUGCAAGCUCUGGACAUGCUUGGACACAUCUGCUCUGAACUAGGAAACACACAGAAAGCCAAGGAAGCUUUUCUGCGUGCAGUCGAGCUGAGCCCAGAUGAGGGCCACAGUAAAUACAUGUACCUGGGACAAAUCCACACAGGUCAGGAGGCUGUGGACUACUACAUGAAAGGAAUACAAGUCGUGCUUUCUGCACUGGACAAACAAGCACAGACCACACAGGCUCAGGCUGGAGCUGCUGCCUCACCAGAUAAGGACCCUCAGCUCCCCACAGCGAAGGAUGUUUGCAUAGCGUACUGCUCCAUCGCCGAGAUUUACCUUGCAGACCUCUGCAUGGAAGAGGGAGCUGCAGACAAGUGCAAAGAGUUCAUUGAGCGAGCAUUACAGUAUCACUAUGACAACCCUGAGGCUCUACAGCUCAUGGCCAGCUACCUGUUCAGCACAGAGAGAAACGAGGAAGGCAAGGAAUACCUGUUGAAGAGUGUUGGAUUGUGGCUACCUGCCCAGAAGCAGAGUGCAGCCUCCUCUAGCACAGAGGACGACGUGCAGAGCGAGGUCCCUCCAUACGAGUCCCGCAUCACCACGGCCAAACUGCUCUUGGAGUGCGAGGAAUACGAGAUGGCGGUCGAUGUGUUGGAGGAUCUUCUGGAGGAGGAUGAUGAAGUCGUCCAGGUGUGGUAUCUCUCCGGCUGGGUGUGCUACCUCCAGCUGGAGAAGGCGAAAGAGCAGCAAGAAAGAGAGCGAAGAGAGCUGACCGAGGAGGAGACGGAGGAGUGGAAGGCAUUGAAGGAGGCGGCCAGAACGUACCUGACCAAUGCAAAGAAGCUGUACAGUAAGCUGCGAUGUGAUGACCAGCCGAUGUUGGAGCACGUGGAGCAGCUACUUGGCGAGCUCGGUGGGGAGAUGGAGGGAGAGGAGGGAGACCCGGUCUUGGAUGACGAUUAUGAACCCUGUAGCGAUGAGGAGGAGGACGAGGCGGAUGCACCCAUGGAACACUGACCGCAGCCCGCUCGCUCAUACUCUGUGAUUUAAUUUUUCCCCAUUAUGCUUCCCUCUAGCUUAAAUGUUCUGGUGCCCCCUCAGAAGUGCCUUUUUACUGGUUAUCCUUUCACACCCGCUUAUCAAAUAUGGAAUUUGAAUUGGGAAAAAAAAAAAAAAAAAGAAGAGUGGCAUUAAAAGCUGCAGUGUACUCAAUCUCUCUCAGUCAGUUGUUUAAUGCUUAUGGUGAAAUGAGUGCAUACUUGAGUAAUGCUUCCCUUAAUCUCCUUGACAGACGUUGAUGAGAGAAAUUAGUUGUAGAGCUUUACUCCUCACAAGCAGCAAAAGCAAAAACACCUUUGAAUGCUUUCACCUUCAUAUAUAUACACCCACGCAUCGUUUUCUGCAGGCAGACAUCGGAACACGUGCAUUCACACACAAACAAAAGCUCCACAGCGGUUACUUGAGCUGUUCAUCAAGUGCAACAGCAGCAGCGUUUCUCAUUCUGACUGCAGCAGAUUGAAAUAUCUCAUCAGGGUCUGAGUGGUUAUUAGGAAAGUUAAUGCUUCCUCUACAUGUACCAGUUCUAACAAUCCAAGUUUAUCUGCAAUUCUUGAAUUUUUGUGCUAUUCUGUUUAUUCUCCCGCUUUGGAUUUUUUAGCCCUUUUUUUUUUUUUUUUGUUAAGCCAUUUGAUU